CCAGUUCUUUCUCCCCUUCACAUUGCUCUGUCUUCUCUUUUUGUUGCUCUUCUUUAUCUCCUCGCUCUUCUCUAUCUUUCUUCUCUAAAUCUAUGUACUUUACGCUGUGUUACUAGAUCUCUCUCUCUCUCUCUCUCUCUCUCUCUCUCUCUCUCUUUCUUGCAGUGCAGUAGAUACAUAGUGUAUAUAUUAACCUGUUGUUUAUCCCCUUCACAUAUAUACUUCUGUCUUCUCCUUUUGUUCAUCUUCUUCUUCAUCUGUGAGAGAGAGACUGAAUUAGAGAGGGGAGAAAUGGGGGGUUGUAUGUCGUGCAGGGGAGCGAGGACGUUCAGCUGCGUGCGGGUGAUCCACAUGAACGGGUACGUGGAGGAUUUCGAGGCACCCGUGACGGUGGGGGAGGUCACGGGGAAGCCGCCGACGCACGUGCUGCUCUCCUCGGCCCACCUCAUCGCCUUCGGCUCCAACCUGCUCCGGCCCGAUGACUGCCUCGAGCCGGGCCGCCUCUACUUCCUCCUACCCCACGCCGUCUUCCAGUCGGAGUCGUCCCCGGUCGACCUCGCCACCCUGAUGACCCGGCUCACCACAGCCGCCAAGAGGGGCGGCGUCGCCGCGCCCCCGGCGGUGCCCCCGCCGCCUCCGAGCGGUCCCGUGUGGCUGGGGCUCGGCCGGGGCAAUCCCAUGGCGUCGCGGGCCCGGACGUGGCGCCCGGAGCUCGACGCAAUUGAGGAGCGCUCCUUCGGGCGGUCGAUGGGAAGGGACUCCAUGAACAGCAGCAUGCGCUCAUUCAUAGCUCCGGAAACCUGAAACGUGUAGGGUCAGGGGAACGACUGUUCUCUCUCUCUCUCUCUCUCUCUCUCUCUCUCUCUCUCUCUCUCUCUCAUCUACUUUGGACUUAAAAUGGCCAAUUAAGUUUGCGUUCUUCCACCAUAUGUCAAGGGAUGUUAGAGUUUGUUCUUUGUUUUGUCUUUCCAAGAUUGAGAGCAGUAGAGAAGAGAGGACACACUGUGUUGAACAUGAAAUAGAGAAGAAACAUGAUAUUUCCAUGCUCCA